AUGCAGCAGAUACCACCGGGGGCUCUGGCGUCACCCUUCGAAGUCCGUACGGCUAGCAGCGGUGCAGUCGUGUCCUCCUCCCCGCACGGGGGUCCCCGCCCUGGCGCACCACAACAGCAGCAGCAGGACUUCCGUGUCCCGCCACCGCCGGCGUCGUCCGACGCUGCCGGUGACGGUACCGUGACCGUAGCCCACUUCCGUUCCGGUUCCGGUCCCAGCCCCGAUACUGCGAUCGACAUGUCCGGAAUCGAGGCUCCAGGGCCGAUCUUCCAUCCGGAUCUCAUGCGGGGUCAAGAAGCGCACUUGCCGUCCACCGGGGGCGAGCACGACGGGCAGCGCCAGCAUGCCGUCGUGCCAUGUGCGAUCGGGUCUAUCGGGCAACUAAGGCGCCCAGCUCACGCGCAGCAGGCUGACCAUGACCAGGCCAUGCAGGUUCCAGAUCAACACGGUCAAUUCGGCAUCUUGGCGCCGGGUCCCGCGAUCCCUGAUCCGAGUGCCGCCGGGAUGGAAGAGUCACUCAUUGGGCCCAGCGGCUUUGUUCCCAUCGACGGCACUACUGCCCCCGGCUGGCGGCCACAUGGUAGUCUCCUCAGCAGUAAAUGGGUCAUAGAUCCUCCGAAUCUCCAAGAGUGGCGCCAGAAGCUGUUCGACGCAGACGGCCUCAUCAUCCUUACUCAUGAACAAUUCGAGGCCUAUUUCCCACACGUAGACAAUGUUUACUCCCACAGAUCAACUCAAACGUACAAGAAGAAGCCUUUCAUCUCGCAUUAUUGGGACUGCCGUCUCAAGGGCCGGCCGCCCGGAACCAAGAAAUCGGACGACCCCAACAAGAAGCGUCGCAACCGCGUGUCGCGCAAGCUCAACCUCUGCGAUGUCAAGAUCAAGAUCACCGAGUACUUCCCCGGCGCAACGCUCCAUGAUGUUGACGAUGGCACUUACGUGCCACUCAAUGGGGGGCAGGCCCUCAACGGCGUGCACACCAUCCUCUCACCUCCUGGCGAGAGGGAAUUGCGCGUCGCACCUGCUACACCGGACAAUCUGCCUGCGCCAGGACAAAAGUUCUGGACGAUCCAGAGGGUGAAUGGACAUAUUAGCAUCAGCGGCAUUCCCGGGCCACAUCAGCAUACCUUGGCAAAGAGCGACGAGGUGAAACGGAAUAGCAUCCAGCGGUAUCUGGCCAAACAUAAGAAUGAACUGACAAAGAGCGACGGACCCAAGAAGGCGACUGGAAAGGCACAUUGGACCAUAAAGAGACACGAAAAGCAGAGCGAUCUGAAGUUAUAUUCGGCAUGUUAUUGCCCCUUUUCUCACCGCGUCUGGAUCGCCCUCGAAGCAAAGGGGCUCCAGUAUCAAUAUUGCGAAGAGGAUCCGUACAGGGCGUCCGCAUCACAGGAGCUUCUGGAAGCCAAUCCACGGGGAACAGUACCUGCCAUACGGCAGGGAGACUGGGCAUGCGCGGACAGCGGUGUCAUAUUGGAAUAUCUCGAAGAGAUGGACAGCAACAUCCCGUUGUUCCCUUCAGACACAAAGCUCCGUGCAAAUUGUAGACAAUGGAUAGGCCACAUAAACUCCCGCUUGGUCCCGGCCUUCUACCGACUUCUACGUUAUCCGGACCCAGCUCAACAACCGCAAAACAUUGAAAGGCUGCAGGAGGCCAUCAAGGAUCUCGUCCUCGCCGCCGAUGAGGAGGGGCCCUUUUUUCUCGGCAGCAGCCUGUCCCUCGUUGACGUCCACUUCGCUCCCUUCGCUGUCCGCCUCUCGCGCAUCCUGCAGCCCCGCUGUGGUUGGACGGCCCCUACGCCGGGAUUACGUUGGGCUAGAUGGCUUGACGCGUUAGAGAGCAAUGUGCACGUCAAGGCUACGACGAGCGGAAGGGACCUGUACGUUGAUACUGUCGAGCCUUUGCAGAUUGCUCUGGAUCCGGAGGGAUACUUGUGUAUUUGA